UCUACACGUGCAUCUGGUUGCGUGAACACUCUCGGGAGCAAGUUCGCGUACGGGCGCGUGUCUGUCUUAAUGAGAUGUAGAUCACAGCCCUGUUCUCUACCACGAUGGCAUCCAUCGGCGGGACGUCUAAAAUCAUGCUGCGCCCCAUCGUUGUCUCUGCGGGACAGCUCAGGGUAUCGAUCCCGGUAUCUACCUCCACCGAUGAAUGGAUUUGCGCAGAGGUCCUCAGAGAUGAAUUCGCGCAAGAGCAAGCGACCACAGACAGCAUAGAAUCCACUGCCUCCUUAGAAAACGAGGCUGAAGCCACGAUCGAGCUCCAUGCUCGUUUCCUCGGCUUCGUUGCGCGAAAAGUGAAUGCAUCUGUUGAAUCCACCACUUCCAGGACCGCCCUUCUCCUCACGGUCUUCGCCCACUUCACCGCAGCGUACCUCGACGCUCGCGAUCUCCAUUCUCUCGCGGCAUCGUACGAUCCCGAAGUGCGCAAGACGAUCCUGAGCUCCUAUUACCUCGCUCUCGCAACGCUGCGUGAGCUCAAGGUCGCCGGCAUCCCCUCAUCUCCUCGACCAGCCUUGUUAUCCUCGGUUACUGCGAAGACGGCCUCCGUUUUCGCACUUUUCGGAGGUCAGGGCACGAACGAGGUAUAUUUCGACGAGCUUCAGUCGCUCUACGACAUCUACCAGCCAUUUGUCGCCCCCUUUUUGAAGACGGUUGUCUCUGACGUCCUAACGCCGUUGGCUGCCGGUCAAAACUCCACGCCAUACUUUGUCCAUGGCCUAGAUGUUCUUUCGUGGUUGUCUGGGGCGUCCCCGCGUCCAUCGAUACAGUACCUCGCAUCGGUCCCUGUCUCUUUCCCCCUCAUCGGUCUCACGCAACUCGUGCAGUACCUGGUGACCUGCCAUGUGUCUGGUCUGACACCGGGCGAAUACCGCGACACUCUUGCUGGCGCAACCGGCCACUCUCAGGGCAUUAUCUCAGCUGUGGCCAUAGCCGCAUCAACCUCAUUUGACUCGUUCACCGUCAAUGCUUCCAAAGCCCUUCGCUGGCUCUUCUUCUCUGGCCUCCGUGGCCAGCAGGCGUUCCCCGUCGCGUCUCUUGAGCCGGGCAUGGUCCAAGAUGCGAUCGAUGGAGGGGAGGGCACUCCAAGCCCUAUGCUAAUGGUGGCAGGCCUGCAGCUUUCUGAGCUCGAGGCCUACAUCAAGAAGACAAACACCCACCUUUCCGACAACGCCAAGAUUAGCGUCUCGCUGCAUAAUGGCCCUCGUGCGUUCGUGGUGACGGGCCCGGCACGCUCCUUGUUCGGACUAGUGACGAACUUGCGCAAGGUCCGUGCGUCCAGCGGACUGGACCAGAGCAAGACGCCAUUCUCUCAGCGCAAGCCGGUCUUCACCGUCCGAUUCCUUGUCGUCGGUGUUCCGUAUCACAGCGCCUACCUUUCGGACGCAACGGAGAAAGUUGUUGUUGAGGACCUGGGCGGAGAAGAGCUUUGGAAGAGCGAAGAGUUGAAGAUUCCCGUGUUCAACACCGAGGAUGGCUCCAACCUUGCCGAGCUGUCAGGAUCGAUCACUCGUUCACUUUGCGAGCAGAUUUUCGUCAAGCCGAUCCACUGGACGACUGCGACGGAUUUCCCUGAGACGGCAACACAUGCUGUCGACUUCGGCCCUGGGGGACUCAGUGGCAUCGGCCCACUUACGGCCAAGAACUUCAACGGACGUGGCGUUCGAGUCAUUGUCGUGGGAGACAGGGCUAAAGGAGACGCCGAGUUAUACGACUCACAGAGCGUCAAGUACGAGGAAUGGUGGAGCAAGAAGUUUGCGCCCAGUUUAGUCAAGACAUCCGACGGGACGAUCCAUCUGGACACCCCAUUCUCGCGCCUGUUGGGCAAGCCCCCUAUCAUGGUGGCUGGCAUGACUCCAUCGACUGUCCAGGCCGGGUUCGUCAGUGCAGUUCUCAACGCUGGCUACCACGUCGAACUUGCAGGCGGCGGGCACUACAACGCUGCUGCGCUCCGCUCGAAGGUCGCCCAGAUCCAGGCCAAGAUCCCGCCGGGUGUUGGUAUCACGCUGAACGCCCUGUACAUCAAUCCCCGCCAGUUCAACUUCCAGCUGCCGCUGUGGCAGGAGAUGCGCAGGGAGGGUCUUCCCAUUGAGGGCUUCUGCGUUGCUGCAGGCAUCCCGACGACUGAGAAGGCGGCCGAGAUCAUCGGCGGCCUGCGCAGUGCGGGCAUCCAACACAUCGCUUUCAAGCCCGGCUCGGUCGACGGUAUCCGCCAAGUUAUCAACAUCGCGGCGGCCAACCCCGACUUCCCCAUCAUCAUGCAGUGGACUGGCGGUCGCGCCGGGGGUCAUCAUUCGUACGAGGAUUUCCAUCAGCCCAUCGUCCACACGUAUCGGGCGAUUCGCCAGCAGAGCAACAUCUCGCUCGUCGGCGGCAGUGGCUUCGGUGCUGCGGAAGACGUCUGGCCUUAUUUGACGGGAGAGUGGUCUGCCCAGUAUCAGGUGCAACCCAUGCCGUUCGACGGCUUUUUGUUCGCCUCGCGUGUAAUGGUGGCGAAAGAGGCGCACACCAGUCCUUCCGUGAAGGAUCUCAUCGUUGCUGCGUCCGGAGUCGACGAUGCCCAGUGGGAAGGGACCUACACCAAACCGACUGGCGGCAUCCUCACAGUCAAGUCGGAGUUGGGCGAGCCCAUCCACAAGGUCGCCACGCGAGCGGUGAAGUUGUGGAAAGAGUUCGACGAUAGCGUCUUCAAGCUCCCCAAGGAGAAACGCCUGCCGUGGUUAGUAGAGCGCCGGGACGAGAUCAUUGCCAAGCUCAACAAGGACUUCGCUAAGCCGUGGUUUGGCUGGAAGAAGGACGAAAGCGUCGCAAAGGAGCUGGGGGAUAUGACUUACGAGGAAACGGUUCUGCGGAUGGUCCGUUUGAUGUUCGUCGCGCACGAGAAACGUUGGGUCGAUCUGUCUCUUCGCAAUCUGACGGGCGACUGGCUGCGCCGCGUCGAGGAGCGAUUUGCUGGUGUCAACGGCAGCGGCAAUAAGCCUUCCAUUCUCCAAUCCUACACGUCCCUCGACGACCCCCUGCCAUUUGUCCAGUCAUUCUUCAAGGAGUAUCCGAUCGCGACAACCCAAUUGCUUGCUGCCGAGGACUCGGCCUUUUUCCUUGCCAUCUCCCAACGCCCCGGUCAAAAGCCAGUCCCCUUUAUUCCCGUUCUGGAUGCCGGCUUCGAAGUUUGGUUCAAGAAGGACUCCCUCUGGGCAGCAGAAGACAUCGAAGCGGUCUUUGAUCAAGAUCCACAACGUGUCUGCAUUCUCCAGGGCCCGAUGGCCGUGAAGCACUCGAAGGUCAAGGACGAGCCGAUCAAGGACAUGCUCGGCAACAUCAACUUGCAACUGAUCAAGCGUCUCCUCGAGUCCAAAUACGCUGGUGACGAAAGCAAGAUACCGACUGUGGACUAUCUUGGAGCCAAGGUGGUCCCUGCCCGCACUGUUCCGUGCAUCAAGCGCUCCGAAGCCAAAGGCGAGACCGUCUUCCAAUUCGGGGAGAAUCUGCCCGAGGCCGCGUUGUGGCUGGAAACACUCGCCGGUCCCGAGGCGAACUGGUUGCGUGCGUUGACGACUUCGAGGACUGUCAUCCAGGGGACGUCGUACAUCGACAACCCCAUGGCUCGCAUUCUUGCACCGCGCGCAGGACAGAAGAUUGUCGUCGCCUACGACGGUACGGUACCUGCAUCCAUCACGGUGUUUGGGGCUGCACGGUCGUACGGCCCGCAUAAGCCGGACUUCAAGGCGCUUGAGAUCAAGUUCACUCAGUCGACGAAAUUGAUUGAGGUGACUUUGUUCGAGGACCGCCGGGACGUGGCUGUGCCGCUUUCGCUUCAGUUCGCAUACAAGCCCGAGCUCGGAUACGCUCCCAUCCACGAGAUCGCCGCCGAUCGCAACACGCGCAUCAAGGAGUUUUACUGGAAGCUGUGGUACGGCGACAAUGAGGUCCUACCGCAAAUCGACAUCAAGGAGACCUUCGUUGGUCCCGAGGUGACCAUCGAGGCCGCCGCCGUGGAGACCUUCUGUGCCGUUGUUGGCAACCAGGGCGAAUCUUUCCAGAGUGCGCGCAAUGACGCGAUCAGUGCUCCGAUGGACUUUGCCAUUGUCACCGGUUGGCAGGCUAUCAUCAAGUCGAUUUUCCCAGCUGCGAUCGACGGCGAUCUGCUCAAACUCGUUCACCUUUCCAACGGCUUCAAGAUGGUCGACGGAGCCGCUCCUCUGAAGGUCGGCGAUGUGUGCAAGGCCGAGGCGAACAUCGUCUCCGUCACAAACACCGAUCCCGGCAAGGUGGUCAAGGUCAAAGGCCACGUGAUCCGCGAUGGAAAGCCUGUCAUUGAGGUUGUUUCCGCCUUCCUCUACCGUGGCCGAUUCAGCGACUACGAGAACACAUUCGAGACGACCGAGGAGCCCGACUACAUCGUCACGCUCGCGAACGAUGCCGCCGUCGGCGUUUUGCGUUCGAAGGAGUGGUUCGAGUGGAUCGAUGAGAGCAAGCCUUUAUUGGCUGGGACCAGUCUCAUCUUCCGGGUGAAGAGCCAGGUGACAUUCAAGGACAAGACGUCGUACAAGAGCGUCUCCGUGUCGGGGGACAUCUUCGUCCGCAAUCAACUGAAGGCACUCGUGCUGGUCGGCUCCGUCGACUUCCACCAGGAGGCAUCGCUCGGAAACCCCGUCGUCGCGUACAUCCAGCGUCACGGCACACCCCAGGGUCUGAUGACCCCGCUCGCCAACGACGGGUACACCAUGGCGUCUGGCGCCGCUGUCUUCAACGCUCCGCUCACGAACGAGCCGUACUCCAAGAUUUCGGGCGACUUCAACCCCAUCCACAUCAACCCGUACUUUGCCGACUACGCAUCUCUGCCGGCUACCAUUACACACGGCCUCUGGUCUAGUGCUGCGACAAGAAAGUUCGUGGAGAACGUUGUGGCGAAAGGAUCCCCGGAGCGCGUUUUGGCCUAUAACGUGUCUUUCGUCGGCAUGGUCAUCCCUGGUGAAGAGUUGACCGUCAAGAUCAAGCACAUCGGCAUGCGCGACGGAAACAUCGUCGUCAACAUUGUCACCGCCAACGAGAACGGCGACAAGGUGCUCGAAGGCUCAGCUGAAGUUUCGCAGCCGACGACAGUGUACGUAUUCACUGGUCAAGGAUCCCAGGAAGCCGGCAUGGGCAUGGAUUUGUACAACUCGUCCCCCGCUGCGCGAGCUGUUUGGGACGGCGCCGACGCACAUCUGCUCGCUGUGUACGGAUUCUCGAUCAUCGAGAUCGUCAAGGACAACCCCAAGGAGAAGACGGUGCACUUUGGCGGUUACAAGGGCCAGGCCAUUCGCCAGCGGUACAUGGACAUGACGUACGACACGACCGACAAGGAUGGCCAUGUCAAGACGCUUCCCCUCUUUGCGGACAUCAACGUCCGGACCCCGAAAUACACCUUCAGCCAUCCGACGGGUCUGCUGUUUGCCACCCAGUUCGCGCAGAUUGCGUUGGUCGUCACCGAGAAGGCCGCCUUCGAAGACAUGCGCAUGAAAGGAUUCGUACAGAAGGAUUGUGCGUUCGCCGGCCACAGUUUGGGCGAGUAUUCGGCUCUGGCGUCGAUUGCUGACGUUCUGGCGAUCUCGGCGCUUGUUGACGUCGUGUUCUACCGUGGUAUCACCAUGCAGCGUGCGGUUGAGCGAGAUGCGCAGAACCGCUCCAACUAUGCCAUGUGUGCGGUCAACCCCAGCCGAAUCAGCAAGACGUUCACCGACGCUGCCCUGAGAGAGGUCGUGGAUUCGAUCGCGACGUUGACUGGGUCCUUGUUGGAGAUUGUCAACUACAACGUCGAGGGACAACAAUAUGUCUGUGCUGGAGAACUCGUCGCGUUGCAGACGAUGACCAACGUUCUCAACUACCUGAAGGUGCAGAAAAUCGACAUCGCCAAGCUCUCCGAACAGUUCACGAUCGAAAAAGUCAAAGAGAUGCUCGGUGAAAUCGUGACCGAGUGCCACAACAAGUCCCUCGCCCAGCAAAAGGCUGAAGGAUACAUCACCCUCGAGCGUGGAUUUGCGACCAUCCCCUUGCCAGGUAUCGAUGUGCCUUUCCACUCCCGGUACUUAUGGGCCGGUGUCAUGCCGUUCAGGGCUUAUCUCUCGAAGAAGAUCAAUGUCGCGGAUCUGAACCCCGACAUGCUGAUCGGCAAAUACAUCCCCAACUUGAUCGCCAUUCCAUUUGCUGUGUCCAAGGAGUACGCGCAGAUCAUCUACGACCAGACCUCUUCUCCACGUCUCGACAAGGUCCUGCAGCACUGGGAUGCAGAGAAAUGGGCUUCCGAGGAACAGAGGCAGAUGCUGGCCUACGUCAUCCUUGUCGAGCUGUUGGCAUACCAGUUCGCGUCGCCUGUCAGGUGGAUCCAGACUCAAGACCGCCUCUUUACGGAGUACAAGUUCGAGCGCCUGAUCGAGCUUGGCCCGAGCCCGACGUUGACUGGAAUGGCGACCAGGACUCUCAAGGCCAAGUACGAGGCCGCCGACGACUCGGUCAGUCGUACCCGAACGAUUCUCUGCCACGCGAAGAACGUGAAGGAGAUCUACUACCAGUUCGAAGACGAGGCCGAGGUCGCUGCCGAGGCUACACCAGCCGCAGUCUCCGAGGCGGCGGCCCCGGCGGUUGCUGCUCCUGUCGCUGUCGCCGCACCGGCUGCUUCCGGGCCGGCUGCUUCCAUCGAAGACGCUCCCAUCAAGUCAAUCGAUAUCCUCGCAGCCAUUGUCGCACAGAAGCUCAAGAAAGGCGUCGCCGAGAUCCCGCUCAGCAAGUCGAUCAAGGACCUCGUCGGCGGCAAGUCAACGCUGCAGAAUGAGAUCCUGGGUGAUCUCCAACUCGAGUUCUCCUCGGCUCCGGAGAAGGGCGAGGAGUUGCCGCUGGAGGAACUGGCGUCUGGGUUGGCUGGCAGCGGUGCCCUGGGCAAGUACACCACUGGACUGGUCUCGCGUGUGGUCGGCGGGAAGAUGCCUGGUGGUUUCAACGUCUCGGCGAUCAAGACCUACCUCGCCAAGAGCUGGGGGCUGGGUCCCGUUCGCGCUGAUGGAGUGCUACUUCUCGGCACGACGAUGGAGCCCCCGAAGCGACUCGGCAACGAGGCUGAGGCCAAGGCGUGGCUGGAUGGUGUUGUCGCGAUCUAUGCUCAGCGCUCCGGCAUCUCUCUGUCUUCAGGCAGUACCGGCGGUGCUGCGGGAUCUGGCGGAAAUGGCGGAGGAGCUGUCAUCAACAGCGAGGAAUUCCUCAAGUUCCAAGCCGAGCAGGAACAGUUUGCCGCGCAGCAAAUCGAGGUGUACAUGCGGUACCUCAAGCGGGACUCGCGCGCCGGCGAGUCGGCCUUGGAUCGUGAGAAGGCGAACUCGGCCGAGCUGCAAACCAAGCUCGACAACAUUGCCAAGGAGCAUGGGGAUGUGUACAUCGACGGGAUUCAGCCACAGUUCGACCCGCUCAAGGCCCGACACUUCGAUUCGUCGUGGAACUGGGUGCGCCAAGAUGCACUCAUGAUGUUCUACGACAUUAUUUUCGGGCGCCUGACGACCGUCGAUCGCGACAUCACGGCGAAGUGUAUCGCGUUGAUGAACAGAGCGGAUCCCGAAUUUUUGGCUUACAUGGAGUACUACAUCGCCAAUGUCGACGCGAGCAAGGGUGAGACGUACAAGCUGGCGAAGCAGUUCGGUCAACAGCUGAUCGACAACGUCCGGGAAGUCGUUGGUGCGGCUCCGUUGUACAAGGAUGUGACCUUCCCCACCGCGCCACACACUGAGGUCACUGCCAAGGGUGAUAUCGUCUACUCCGAGGUCGUGCGCGAGAAUGUCCGCAAGCUCGAGGCCUACGUCGAGGAAAUGGCCAGCGGCGAUCAAGUCUCUGGCUCGGUCAAUAUCAACAAAGUCCAGGAUGACGUCCUCAAGCUCUGGACCGUCGUUAAAUCGCUCCCGGAGAUCACAGAGGACCAGAAGAACCGCAUCAAGGCUCUGUACGAAGGCGUCGUCAAGUCGCUCAACAACCAGAUACCCGAGGUGCCGCGGUCCCGAUCAGGCACGAUCCGCCAGCGUCGGUCGUCCUCCCAAUUCCUGCGUCCGCAAAUCCCCAGCGCGACUGCUGUAUCCGCGGACAAGAUCCCGCUACUGCAUCUCAAGCGCAAAGUGGGCAACACUUGGGAGUUCAGCUCGAACCUCACUGGCGUGUAUCUCGACAUCCUGCACGAGAUCGCCACGUCCGGUACGACGUUCCAAGACAAGAACGCGCUGUUGACGGGCGUCGGCAAGGGCUCGAUCGGUGUCGAGAUCGUGAAAGGUUUGCUCAGUGGCGGUGCGCACGUUGUGAUCACGACUUCGCGUUAUAACCGGUCGACGGUGGAGUACUACCAGUCGAUCUACCAGACGUACGGUAGCAACGGCUCUGCGCUCACAGUCGUGCCGUUCAACCAGGGCUCGAAGCAGGACGUCGAGGCGCUCGUCGACUACAUCUACGCCAACCUGGGGCUCGAUCUCGACUACAUCAUUCCGUUCGCUGGUGUCCCCGAGAACGGCCGCGAGAUCGACGGCCUGGAUGACAAGUCAGAGUUGGCGCACCGCAUCAUGCUCGUGAACUUGUUGCGCAUCCUCGGCGAGGUCAAGAAGAAGAAGGCCAGUCGCCACUUCGUCACGCGCCCGACCCAAGUGAUCUUGCCGCUUUCGCCCAACCAUGGCUUGUUCGGCAACGAUGGUCUGUACUCCGAGUCCAAGAUCUCCCUCGAGACCUUGUUCCAGCGAUGGGCGUCGGAGAGCUGGGGAGAAUACCUGUGUUUGGCUGGUGCAGUCAUUGGGUGGACUCGUGGAACUGGAUUGAUGGCACCGACAAAUAUUGUCGCGCACGAGCUCGAGUCUUAUGGUGUCCGCACGUUCUCGGCUAAGGAGAUGGCAUUCAACAUCCUUGGAUUGAUGCACCCUCUGUUGUUCAGCAUUACGCAAGUCGAGCCGAUCUGGGCCGACCUCAACGGUGGUAUGGACAAACUGCCGGAUCUCGCCGACAUCACCACGCGCAUCAGGUCCGAGCUCAACAAGAAGAGCGAGCUCCGGCGCGCCAUUACUCUCGACAACUCAGCCGAUUUCCAAAUCACCAAUGGUGUCGAGGCCGAGCGGUUGCUGCAGACCGUGAACGUCACACCUCGCGCCAACUUCCGCUACGAGUUCCCCACGCUGCCGGCUUACGAGUCGUACGAGGAUCUGAGCAAGCUGCAGGGCAUGGUCGACCUCGACAAAGUCAUGGUCAUCACUGGCUUUGGAGAAGUCGGGCCGUGGGGUAGUUCGCGCACACGUUGGGAGAUGGAGGCGAGAGGAGAGUUGACGAUCCAGGGCUGCAUUGAGAUGGCCUGGCUGAUGGGUUACAUCAAGCACUUCGACGGCCGCUUGAAGGACGGGUCGUUGUACGUUGGAUGGGUCGACUUCAAGUCCGGCGAGCCCGUCGACGACAAGGACAUCAAAGGCAAAUACGAAAAGGACAUCUUGGAGCAUGCCGGUGUGCGGUUGAUUGAACCCGAGCUUUUCCGUGGAUACGAUCCUAAGAAAAAGGUCUUCAACCAGGAGAUCGAGCUUCUGCACGACUUGGAGCCGAUCGAGGUCACUGAAACCGAGGCGCAAAAGUUCAAGCUCCAGCACGGCGAUAAGUGUGACAUCUGGGCCUCCGGUUCCGGCGAGCAGUGGUUCUUCAAGCUCAAGAAGGGUGCACUGGUGUUCGUGCCCAAGUCGUUCUCGUUCUCGCGGACUGUCGCUGGGCAAAUCCCGACCGGCUGGGACGCGGGCCGAUUCGGUAUCCCGGACGACAUUAUCGCGCAGUGUGAUCGCUCGACGCUCUGGGCGUUGGUCUCGACGACGGAGGCGCUCAACAUGUCGGGCAUCACCGACCCCUACGAGCUGUACAAGUACAUGCACCCGAGUGAAGUCGGAACCUGCAUCGGCAGUGGCAUGGGAGGCACCGUUUCUAUGGCGAAGAUGUUCAAGGACCGAAGAGACGAGAGGGAGAUCCAGAAUGACAUCUUGCAAGAGACGUUCAUCAACACCACUGCUGGAUGGAUCAACCUCCUACUACUAUCUUCGUCUGGACCGGUCAAGAUUCCCGUCGGCGCUUGCGCCACCGCCCUCCAAUCUCUCGAAAUCGCCUGUGACACGAUUCUGUCCGGGAAAGCCAAGGUGAUGCUGGCUGGUGGCUUCGACGAUCUGUCCGAAGAAGGCUCGUACGAGUUCGCCAACAUGAAGGCGACGAGCAACGCGGAGACCGAGUUCGCCAUGGGUCGCGAGCCUACUGAGAUGUCGCGGCCAGCGACGUCGACUCGGUCUGGGUUCAUGGAGUCUCAGGGAACAGGCGUGCAUGUCGUCAUGAGCGCCAAGACGACGAUGGAGCUCGGGUGCCCGAUCCGGGGUGUGUUGGCGUUCACGUCGACCUCUACCGACAAAGCUGGUCGCUCGAUUCCCGCACCAGGGUUGGGCCCGCUAACGGUUGCUCGCGAAGUCCCCAGCAAGAACCCGCUGCCGAUCCUUGACCUUGCUUACCGCGCCCGGCACCUCGCAUUCCGGCGCAAACAGAUCUCGGAGUGGCUCGAACAUGAGCACGGCCAGUUGCAGGACGAGCUGGCAUUCCGCAAGGAGCAGGGUGAAGCUGUCGACGAAGAGUACUUUGCCUCCCGAGUUUCGGACAUCGAGAAGGAGGCUGCUCGUCAGGAUAAAGACGCGCUGGGGCUUUACGGGAUGCUCGAAGGCUCCGACCCGCGCGUUUCCCCGCUGCGGCGCGCGUUGGCUGUCUGGGGUCUCACGGGCGAUGACAUCGGCGUGCUGUCCAUCCAUGGAACGAGCACCAAGGCCAACGAGAAGAAUGAAACCCGUAUCUGGAACGAUAUCUUCACUUCGUUAGCGAGGACACCAGCGAAUGCCGUGCCGAUCAUGGCGCAGAAGAGUCUCGUCGGACAUUCCAAGGGUGGAUCGGCUGCUUGGCAGAUGGCUGGGUUGGUGCAGACCGUGGCAAGCGGUAUCAUUCCCGGGAACAGGAACAGCGACAACGUCGACGCUAUAUUCCGUGACCGAACAUACUUGAUGUUCCCGUCGAAGACCAUCCACACCGACGGCAUCAAAGCUGGUGUCAUGUCCUCAUUUGGUUUCGGCCAAGUCGGUGGUAUCGCCCUCAUCCUCAACCCCCGAUACGUGUUUGCCACCAUCUCCGAGUCGGCCUACUCGUCGUACAAGACACGCCAUGAAGUGCGGGCACUGCAGUCGUACAAGGCGAUGAGCGAGAUGAUGAUCAAGAACUCGCUGGUGCGCAUCAAAGAACAUCCACCGUACCCGCUAGAACUCGAGGCACCGGUGCUGCUCAACCCCUUGUCCCGAGCGGCGAUGAAUGUCAAGACCGGGUCGUACGAGUACGCCAAGGCGCCGUCAACAACCAUUCCGAUGGACACUGCUAACGUUUCUGCCCUCGCCGAGUCCCUCGCUUCGUCGUCUUCCGCCGCCGGCGUGCUCGGUGUCGGUGUCGACCAGGAGCUCAUCUCCGCCGUACCCUCGUCGAACUCGACAUUCGUCGCACGCAACUUCUCUGCGACCGAGAUUGCUUACUGUCGCUCGCAGCCGUCUCCGGCAUCGUCCUUCGCCGCACGCUGGGCCGCGAAGGAGGCAGUGUUCAAGUCGCUGGGCGUCAAGUCCUCCGGUGCGGGCGCGGCCAUGCGCGAGAUCGAGAUCGUCAGCGAGGAUGGCACGGGCAAGCCUCUUGUCAAGCUGUCCGGCGAGGCCAAGGCCAAGGCAGACGAGAAGGGUGUCAAGAACGUGCUUGUGUCUUUGAGCCAUUCCGAAACCGUGGCGAUUGCGUUCGCUCAGGCUGUUGGGGCAUGAUGACGCUCCUGUUACUGCUUUUCCGCACUACACAUUCAUAUCGAUAUAAUAGACGCAUGUUUCCAAUAUAUUUCUCAUUGUUUUCUGGACCCCGGUACUGGUCGUGACGACCAAUAACCUUGAACGGCCGAACAAGAGUAGAGAGAUCGUGAGAAUCUAUUCUGGAUGAGCUGGCUGUUUCGUGCCUUACUUGCAUUUGG